GGAAUUUGGUAUUUUGUGAUUGUCAUAUCAAUACUACAAAGCUUCCAAAUGGGAAAGUGAGUGAGUUUGGAAUUGGACUGCCAGGUUGCUUACUAUGAGCAUGCAAUAUGGUAGCUGGGCAUCAUAUGCUCCAAAAUUCAAGGGUAGGCCAGGAAUCAAUGGACAUGACGGAGAAGGAGGAUUGGAAGGAUUCACAGGAGAACCAGGUGAUCCAGGACUGCAAGGGUUGAAAGGUGAACACGGAGACCCCGGUGACCAAGGUCCCCAAGGUGUUGGGCUCUCUGGGUUUAUAGGGGCACAGGGCUCAAGAGGUGACCGUGGAAAGCCUGGAUCAAGCAUACCUGGACAAUCAGGGCAACAAGGUCCACGAGGUCACACAGGGCGACGAGGUUUAAGAGGAUAUCCAGGACAUAGGGGAAAUCCAGGUGCCUGUAAGGCAACAGGAUGUGAUUAGAAAUACCACCUAGAAUCCUGACAAUCAUUAUCCUGGGCCACAAUCCAGUCUACUUCCAGAAAAUUACAUUGAUAUUGAACAACAUGUGUAAAUAAAGGAGA